AAAGGAGGCGGGGCCGCGGCUGCGCGCGCUCCCGGAACGUGCGCACCGCAGGCGGCGCGGAUCGCAGGUCCGCUGCCAGAACCGGACCCCGGGUGCCUGUGUGGCGACAGGGCUCCUGAGAGAAGGUCGCGAUGAACACGGUGCUGUCACGGGCGAACUCCUUGUUCGCCUUCUCGCUGAGCGUGAUGGAGGCGCUCACCUUAGUGAUCAUCACCACCGCCUUCAAAGACAGGAGUGUCCCGGUGCGGCUGCACGUCUCGCGGAUCAUGCUAAAAAAUGUAGAAGACUUCACUGGACCAAGAGAAAGAAGUGAUCUGGGAUUCAUUACAUUUGAUAUAACUGCUGAUUUAGAGAAUAUAUUUGAUUGGAACGUUAAGCAGUUGUUUCUUUAUUUAUCAGCAGAAUAUUCAACAAAAAAUAAUGCUCUGAACCAAGUUGUCCUCUGGGACAAGAUUGUUCUGAGAGGUGAUAAUCCGAAGCUGCUGUUGAAAGAUAUGAAAACAAAAUAUUUUUUCUUUGAUGAUGGAAAUGGUCUCAAGGGAAACAGGAAUGUCACUUUGACCCUAUCUUGGAACGUUGUACCAAAUGCUGGAAUUCUACCUCUUGUGACAGGAUCAGGACAUGUAUCUGUCCCAUUUCCAGAUACAUAUGAAAUAACGAAGAGUUAUUAAAUUAUUCUGAAUUUGAAACAACAUAUUUUUAUACUUAAUGAAUUAUAUCUCAUUUAUCUCUUCCCUUGCACCUUCAUUUGUUUUGGGUUGUUACUUUGUGGGUU